AUGGGAAUCUGGGGUCUGGACGAGCUAGGUGAUUACCUCAGUGGGAGCUUUAAUGGCAGAGAUGUUCCACAGAGACCACAGAACUUGGUCUAUGUCAUGGCCAUUGUCAUAGUCCAGGAGGGGGCAGCGAUAGAUGAGGUGGAAACAGAUGUGGUAGAAAUUGAAGCAAAACUUGACAAGUUGGUGAAACUAUGCAGUGGGAUGCUAGAAGCUGGCAAAGUGUACCUUACAACCAAUAAGCACUUUGUAAGUGGCAUCCGAGACUUGUCCCAACAGUGCAAGAAAGAUGAGAUGAUCUCGGAGUGUUUGGACAAAUUUGGGGAUAGUCUGCAGGAAAUGGUCAAUUACCAUAUGAUCCUUUUCGAUCAGGCACAGCGCUCUGUACGACAGCAGCUUCACACCUUUGUUAAAGAAGAUGUGAGAAAGUUCAAGGAAUCGAAGAAGCAUUUUGACAAAGUGAGAGAAGACUUGGAUAUUGCACUAGUGAAAAAUGCUCAGGCCCCCCGCCAUAAACCACACGAGGUAGAAGAAGCUACGGGUACCCUGACAAUUACAAGGAAAUGCUUCCGGCACCUGGCCCUGGACUAUGUACUACAAAUAAAUGUCUUACAAGCCAAAAAGAAGUUUGAAGUUCUGGAUGCUAUGUUGUCAUUCAUGCAUGCCCAAUACACUUUCUUCCAGCAAGGAUAUAGUUUACUAAAUGAGCUGAAUCCGUACAUGAAGAAGCUGGCUUCAGAGUUGGACCAAUUAGUCAUUGACUCGGCUGUAGAGAAAAGAGAGAUGGAACACAAGCAUGCCACGAUACAGCAAAGGACCCUCCUCCAGGAUUUCUCUUAUGAUGACUCCAAAGCAGAGUUUGAUGUGGAUGCCCCCAAUGGGGUUGUAAUGGAAGGCUACCUCUUCAAAAGGGCGAGCAAUGCUUUCAAGACUUGGAAUCGUCGGUGGUUUUCCAUACAAAACAGUCAACUCGUUUACCAGAAGAAGCUGAAGGACGGUCUGACUGUGGUGGUGGAGGACCUUAGACUGUGCUCGGUGAAGCCCUGCGAAGACAUAGAAAGAAGGUUUUGUUUUGAAGUUGUUUCACCCUCCAAGAGCUGCAUGCUACAAGCGGAUUCUGAGAAGCUGCGACAAGCCUGGAUCCAAGCUGUGCAGGCCAGCAUUGCCUCUGCCUACAGGGAAACCCCAGAUAACUACUAUAUAGAGAGACUUGACAGGACAGCAUCCCCGUCCACGAGUAGCAUUGAUUCUGCCAGUGACUCGAAGGAACGUAGCAUCAAGGGAGAAAGCAUCUUGCAGAGGGUGCAGAGCAUUGCUGGUAAUUACCAGUGCUGUGAUUGUGGACAGACGGACCCCCGGUGGGCCAGCAUCAAUUUAGGAAUCACACUCUGCAUUGAAUGCUCAGGAAUUCACAGGAGUCUUGGAGUGCAUUGUUCUAAAGUCCGCUCCCUUACAUUGGAUUCCUGGGAGCCAGAGCUGCUUAAGUUGAUGUGUGAGCUGGGAAAUAGCACAAUAAACCAGAUCUACGAGGCAAAGUGUGAACAGCUAGGUUUGAAAAAGCCAACGCCAGGAAGUUCUCGACAGGACAAAGAGGCCUGGAUAAAAGCAAAGUAUGUGGAGAAGAAGUUCUUGAAGAGGCUGGGAAGCGUGGAUGUACAAAACGGGCGGAAAUCACAGAGGUGGAGCGUGAAAAAAUGUCAGCGAAGUAACAGCUCCAUAAAAGCUCCAUCUGCACGGAGGAGGUACAGGCAUGAAGGUGGAAACACAUCUCCAGCCAUGCUCUCCUCAGCUGCAAAAUUGGAGCGUAAAUUCCGUCGAGACUCUUUGUUUUGCCCAGAUGAAUUGGAUUCGCUCUUCUCUUACUUUGACACCGGCUCUGGUCCACGUAGUGCCAACCAGCUUCCUGCGCAGCACCCCCUGCCAGCUGCUCCAUGGACUGGCAGUGGCGCUGAGCCCGGUGGGAGCGCUAUGCCGUUCCUCCCGGAUGGAGGUCUGAGCAGCGACAGCGGUCUGGGGGGCAGCACAGAUGGAAGCAAUGAUGUCCUAGUGUUUGGCUCAGUGGUUGACAGUGUUACAGAAGAAGAGUGUGAAGUGUCAGAAGAGUCCAGUGGAGAAGCAGAGACAGAACAGGAGCCUUCCGACCCAGAGGACCUGCGAGAGCUUCACCCUGGACUGCUGAUGUACAAAGCAUCCCGGGCAAGAAACCUGCCUAUCAUGGCUGAAGCACUUGCCAAUGGGGCUAAUGUCAACUGGGUGAACGAUGAGGAUGAGAGCAAGACGCCUCUGAUUCAGGCUGUAAUCGGGGGCUCACUGAUAGCUUGUGAGUUCCUGCUGCAGAAUGGGGCAGAUGUAAACCAGACUGAUAUGAGAGGACGAGCACCUAUACAUCACGCAACGUAUCUGGGGCACACUGGUCAGGUUUGUUUGUUCUUGAAACGAGGGGCCAAUCAACACGCCGUGGAUGACGAUGGUCAGGAUCCUCUCAGUAUAUCCGUGCAGGCCGCUAAUGCAGAUAUCGUCACUUUGCUACGACUUGCCCGGAUGAACGAAGAGAUGAGAGAAGCAGAGGGGCCGUUCGGACAACCAGGUGAUACCACUUAUUUGGAUAUUUUCCGUGAAUUUUCUCACAUGGCAUCCAACAACCCGGAAAAGCUGAGCCGACGAAGUGUUCACUUCAGUCAUUCCUGCCGAUAAUGGAUUCAGAGGGGACACAUAAGAAGAAAGUAUUUAGAGAGAAGCUACAAAUAAUGUUGAGGGAGGACAACAGAGAAGAGAAAUCUCCAGAAGGAAAGCACAGGUUCUCCAUUUGUGGAGGAUGAAUCUAUGAACCACUAAAGGCCUCAGCCAAGUGUUAGAUCUUCACGACUACCACAAACUCCAAAUGUUCCUUAUAUCAUUUUCUCGUUACCUGUGGAUCCCUACCACCAGAGGGAAGUCCCACCAUGUUUUGGUGGUGCUACUAUGUUAAGGGUGAAUUAAGGUCAAAAAUGCUUGGCCUGUAUUAAACAUAUCAAUAUAUUACAGACGCAUUUGGGACAGAGAACCUAGAAAUGACCACUUAAUAUUCUUACAAAGAUUCAUAUUAUCAAAGGAUUGAUCAAUGUUACCAUUGUAGUUGCUCACAGCAACCAAUCAGAUCUCUCAUAAUUUCCAAAGUAUUGCUAGAUGUAUAGAAGUUGUAAUCUGAUUGGCUGUUAUCAGGAACACCUCCUGAUGUGAGAAUCUGGUUGCUAUCGGUUACGGCACUUUUAUCAUUCUCUUGGACUGCACACAGCACAGCAUUUGGACAUUUCCAAAGACAGUCCCUUCCUCACUUAGGAGGUAUAAGCCUGACAUUCUUAGACGUAUGAUGUCUUGGCAGGUGUAUAUACAUCCAAGACUGAAGUUAACCUGAAUUUUUUUUUUUUUACUUUUUAAAAUUUUAUGAAAUUAUAGCUUUUUUUAUUGUCUGGCUGGUCCAGAAAUUGGGGAAGGGGGGGGAGGGGGAUUAUAAAAAUACGGAAUAAAAUAUACCGCAGACAAAGAAAGUUUUCUGUAGACAAGUCUUAUGACUAAUAGUAGUUAAAAGUAGUUCCUUUUAUCUCCCAUCAUUAAAGCUGAACUACAGUACUACACCUUGCCCAUGGACAAUAGUGGCGCUGUUACUGGUAGAAUGCAGUUUUUUUAUUCUCAUAUGAUCCCAUGAAGCACAUAGUGGAUGUUUGAGACAUGUAUUUGAAGGUAUUUACUUUAUUAAAAGAGUUUUCUGGGAAUUCAUAAAAUAAAAUUACU